AGGAGAGCGAGGGCACUGAAAACUCCUCCUAUCUGUCUUCCUUCACUCUGCACUUUUUUUUUUUUUGUCAAAUUUAGUGACGGGAGGGGCAUACAAAGGGAUCACAGGACAUGGAGCAAAACUGGAAAACUGGGGCCUCUCUCACUAUGCAAACCCCAGAUAGUCCUGAUGGAUGUCUCCUCCCAGAUUCUGCGGCACUUGAUAUAGAACUGUAUGAACUGGAUUCUUUCCAUGACACUGUGGAUAAUGAUACCACACCCUCUCCUUUCCUUACCGUCUAUGAUUUGAAGCCUCUGAAACAUCAGGGAUCUGUUUUCUUGAAGGGUGUUCCAGUUACUGCACGAAUAGGUCAGACUGAGCGUUACACCAGCGGCUCAAAGGUUCGCACUAGCACUUUAUAUUCCGUACAUCUUGCACAUGGACCUUUUACAUGGAUCAUCAAAAAGAAAUUUAAGCAAUUCCAGGAGCUUCACCGUGAUCUUCUCAGACACAAGAUCUUCGCCAGUCUUUUGCCCCUCAACCCACUGUCACGAUUUGCUGUUACAAGAUCUCAUGCUGAAACAACGUCCGCAGAGAUGCCCUCUCUGCCUCAUGCAACAGGAGAGUCAGAGAGACGGACUCCAAGCAAGCAGAAGUACUUGGAAGAAUACCUCAAUGUUCUACUAACCAAAUCAUUCUACCGAAACUACCACGCCAUGAUGGAGUUCUUGGAUGUUAGUCAACUGUCCUUCAUUGCAGACCUGGGACCCAAAGGACUGGAAGGUUUUAUUUUGAAACGUUCAGGAGGUCAUCAGGUUCAUGGAAUAAAUUGCUUUGGGCAUCACCAGAUCUGCUACAGAUGGUCGAAAAGGUGGCUGGUGGUGAAGGAUUCUUUCCUUUUGUAUCUAAAGCCAGACUCUGGAGAGAUCUCCUUUGUGUUGCUCUUUGAUCCUGGAUUCAGCAUUGAAGUUGGUAAAACAGUUACAGAAUCAAAGUAUGGAGUCAAGAUUGAGAACUUCUCAAGAACACUCAUCAUAAAAUGCAGUGGCUAUCGUCACGCCCGUUGGUGGGUGCAGGAGAUUAACCAGCUUGUUGAAAAUCACGGUAAAGACUUCUUGACCACUCAUCGUUUUGAAGCAUUUGCACCUAUAAGGCCGAAAACUCAAGUAAAAUGGUUUGUCAAUGGUGCAAGUUACUUUUCAGAAGUAGCAGAUGCUUUAAUGCAGGCGCAGGAAGAGAUCUUUAUUACUGACUGGUGGCUCAGCCCAGAGUUGCAUCUUAAGCGUCCUGCAUACAAUGACGACUGGAGGCUAGAUAUUAUCUUGAAACACAAAGCGGAAGCUGGAGUACGGGUUUGCAUCCUUCUGUUUAAAGAGAUGGAAAUGGCAUUAGGAAUUAAUAGCGGCUACAGUAAGAGAGCGUUAAUGCUGCUGCAUCCGAACAUCAAGGUGAUGCGCCACCCAGAUCAUGUUUCCUCCAUAGUCUUCCUCUGGGCUCAUCAUGAAAAGAUGGUUGCUAUUGACCAGUCCGUGGUGUUCCUUGGUGGUUUAGAUUUGGCUUAUGGUCGUUGGGACGAUCACAACUACAGAUUGUCAGAUGUGGGAAGCCACAUGCAGCAGAAUGGAUCUCCUGGAGGUGACAUUUCAAAAGAAGAGGAACCAUGUGAACUCCAGUGUUGGCUGGGGAAAGAUUACAGUAACCUUAUCUUCAAAGACUGGGUAGAGCUGGACAAGCCAUUUGAGGACUUCAUUGACAGAAUGAAGAAUCCCAGAAUGCCUUGGAGAGAUAUAGGAGCAGUAAUUCAUGGCAAGGCAGCUAGAGAUGCAUCACGGCACUUUAUUCAGCGCUGGAAUUUUACCAAAACAAGCAAGUCAAAAUAUAAAACUUCUGGCUACCCUUAUCUGCUGCCGAAGUCCAUUAGCACAGCAGACAAACCAAACUAUACUGUGCCAGGAUCCCACACAGCCACUGUGCAGGUUCUAAGAUCAGUUGAUCGCUGGUCAGCAGAAUCCUAUGAAUGCUCUAUUUGCAAUGCGUAUCUUCACUGUAUAGAAGAAGCUCAGCACUACGUCUACAUAGAGAAUCAAUUCUUUAUCACUAAUGCAGAUGGUCGAACAAUUCAUAACACCAUUGGAAAUGUUAUAGUAAAGAGGAUACUGCAGGCAUACAGAGACAAUUCUACAUUCCGUGUGUUUAUUGUCAUCCCUUUGAUGCCCGGAUUUGAGGGGAACAUUGAACUUGGUGGAGGGAAUUCUAUACAGGCCAUCUUGCACUACACCUACAGCACCAUCUGCCGUGGAGAAAAUUCUAUCAUCUCUCGUCUGAAGGAGACCAUGGGGGACAACUGGCGCAAGUACCUAACGGUGUGUGGUCUUCGAACUCAUGGAGACAUGCCUGAUGGUUGCUUAGUUACAGAACUAAUUUACAUUCACAGCAAGAUGCUAAUAGCUGAUGAUCGAACUGUCAUAAUUGGUUCAGCUAACAUCAAUGACAGAAGCAUGCUGGGAAAAAGAGAUAGUGAGCUGGCGGUUAUAGUCGAAGAUACUGAGAUGGUAGAAUCUGUAAUGAAUGGGCAGCCAUACAAGGCUGGGAAGUUCUCACUGGGUCUCCGGAUGGACUGUUUCAAUACUCUCCUUAAUGCGCAGUCCUUGCCACCCCUAGAUGUUUCCGACCCUGUCUCUGAUAUUUUUUUCAAUGACAUUUGGAAUCAAAUUUCUCUUAAUAACACAGGUCUAUAUGAUCAGGUGUUCAGAUGCCUUCCCACCAAUGCUGUCCAGUCUCACAAAGCACUUCGGGAGUAUACAGCAGUGUCCAGUUUGGCAACCACUAACCCAAGCCUAUCUCGGGAACUGAUAGCCAGGGUCAGGGGUCAUUUGGUGGAAUUCCCUUUCUACUUCCUUUCUGAGGAGUUUCUCCUUCCUCCUUUAACCAGCAAAGAGGGUGUGAUACCAAGUGAGGUCUGGACAUGAUACCUCUGGAGAAGAUUGUAUGAUCUAUGAAUUAUAUCUGCACACACAGCAUUAUGUACAUAAUUCAACCAUUUCCUCACACCUAUUGUGUUAACUGCAAAUGCAAUAUCCUGUGCCACUCUCAUAUUUGUCAGCCAAUCAACUUAAUGAAUUAAUGUUUGAUCGAAAAGUAUCUUAAACACAUCUCAGCACGGUGGACACAUGAUUCUUUGUUUUAUUUGUUUUGUAAAAAAAGGUUAAGUUAAAGCUGUUUAUGUGGAGCAAUAUUGCUCUGUGACAUAAAAGGUUACUGAUUAAUAAGCAGAAUACAAGAAAAAAGCCAUUUCUAAAUGUCCUGUUUUUGAUGCAACAAGGAAGAAAAAUGGCACUGUAGUUCCCCACUGUACAUAUAUUUUUAUGUAUUUAUCUUAGUUCUGUUUACAGUGUGCUUUUGUAAUACUAUUGUUUGUUCUUGCAGCUUCCCACAGACAUAUCUAUGUUUACAUAUUAGGGCGCCUUAUUUGGUUCUUAUUGUAGCAAAUCGCACACAAAUUGUGACCUCAGCCCAUGUCUCACUUUACAAUAAGCCCUUUGCCUGCACUAAUCCAAGCUAUGCACAAACAAUCCUUUAGUGACUGCAUCUUUGCACACACCACUCCGCAUCAUACUGAAACUAGGCGCACACUCUUGUGCUAUCGGCAUUCCUUUAUGCACAUUCUCUUUACACACAUUUGUGCUCACAAUAUUAAUUUUCCAGUCUUGGUACUCUACACAUACUACAUUGCGCACCAGUUAAGCUAUUGUAUUGUCAUCACAAACUCACUCAGAACGAAUAUCCUGUACAAUGUCCAUCUUUUCCUCACCAAACACUAGUACAGCUGGUACUAAACCAACUUUCCACAACACUUCCGGUCUAGUAUUUUCUAUGCAUCAACAGAGUAUCCUGUAUUUCUCUGACUGCUGCACAAGCCCUUGUUUAGCUAAUAGCUUCUCCACAAAUUACACUCCUGUAUACAUUUUAGCUACACAGGUUAUCAAUGUCUGAUAUCUGCACACAAAUCAUUGUGUAUAGUUUUCUAUGUACACUAUGUUCUCACUAAUCUUUGGUACGUGCACGCUGCAUCCUAUACUAUCAUUUCUGUGCACCAUCAUUUGUUUCUCUAACCAGCCUUGUGCAAUAAAAUAUUUUGGCAGUGCAGUGUUUGGAACACUAAGUUUCAAAUUGUAUUCAUAAGGCUAAAGUAUCUAAAUGAACAAAUUAAUGUAACUUUAGUGACUGAUCAUAUUAUACAGACAUAAAAAAUAAAAUUUUCAUAAUUUGUUAUGGAAAUAUUGAUAUGAUUAUAUAAAGGUUUUAAAAUGUAUACAUGCUUAUGCCUUAUAGUAAACAUACUUGUUCACAGUAAACCAUACUACUUCACUAAGUUUUUGUGCAGACUAAUCCGUUAAAGUGGAUUAGAAUAAACUUUCCUUUUUUUAGGUUCAGAAUCACCAUAAAUCUCUCUUCAGAAGGUGCCUCUGUCUGCUGCAAUGUGGCUGUUUUUACCCCCCCUUGUAAACAGCUAGUGGGCGGAUCGGUUUGAGAACGCAAUCAUUCCAGUGGGGUAAUAAACACUCUGACAUUGUGACAGAAGCUACCGCACAUUCACAGCAGCUCUGUGAGCCGGCUAGCUAAAAUCUAUAGGCGCCAUUGGUUGCCUUGUGCUUGGUUGGACUGAUUGCUGUCUAUUUAAAAAAAAACAAUAGGCGUCCAGAUUGGCCACAGAUGUGGGCACCUUCUGAAGAGGAACUUGAAAUGUAAAAUACACAUAAAAGGCAAUUUAAAAUAUUAGUGAAAGUGGGGUCAUAGAUUUAUAUUAAUUCUGAACCUAAUAAAGGAAGUUUUUUUAUUUUUUUAUUCUAACCUUGACUGGCCCUUUAAUAUAUAGUGGCAACUCUGUAAGCACUAUGUCCUGUGUGUCUGCAGUCAUGGAAUGUUCUUUACUAAUCCAUUGUUUGCACAGGAUGGUGUAGUGAUCAUGGCUGUGCUGGCUAACGAAGCCCUGCAUGAAUACCAGGUAUAUAUACAUACAGUUUGCUGUACUAAUAAUACUGCAGGCACAUUUUACCAACUACAUUUCUUACACCUAUGUUACAGCAAAAGGUCAAAUAAUCUGUCUUCCAUAAAGUGACCCUGCCAGUCUGUGGUAUUGCAGGGGAUAGACACUAGUUAUUAUAGGAUGUGUUUAUACUGAAGUUUAAAACUCAUAUUAAUAAAAUGUUAUCUGUAAAUUGUA